UGAAAUUAGACCAAAAUAAUGUGACGUCCCCUCCCCGCCUGUUCGCUCCUUCAUGAUUGUUUAUUGAUAUGAUGUUAAAUUCCCGGCUAAAUACCUAAAAUAAUUAUAUAUGCUACAGUCUUAUGACAGGCAAAUUCCCAAGCGUAGAAAUAAAAUGAAUUUCAACUCUUAAGGUGACCUUCAAUUGUUAUAUGCUUACUUAACUUAUAUAAAAUCGGGAAAUAAUUGAAUUAUUAGCCCAACAGAGGGAACAUUUAAAAAAGUAAUUGACAAUAGAGGUUAUAAACAAUGGACUCUGAAAGCUCAUCAGAAGAGCAAUCGUCAACCGAAUGCUCCACAGACUCCUCUGAUGACGACGAGAAAUUGGAAACUGCCCAAGUUUGCGGAGUUCGUAUUCAAUUACCUCAAGGAUUAUGCGAGCGCAAAGACAUCUUCAACGAAUUCUUCUCCGCUAGCACAUGGAACUUGCUAUCUGAAGAACACAAGCAGCAUUUAAAUAGUUUUCUUCCCACAUUUCCCGAAAAUGACGAGCACGAGAAAUCGGUCACGUUAUCAAAGUUAUUCAAUAACGAGAUAUUUAGGUUCACUAGCCCACUGGCCCAAUUUCAUGAACACCUGAAAGCGGGCCACUACAGACCGGAUAUAGCGAAAAUGAGGCUGUUAAUCAGAAAGGCGGAAAGGAAGGAGGCGAAGUAUAGACAUAAAUUGUACCGGGAACGUUUAAAAGAAGACAUAACGGAGUCAAAAAAUAAACUGCUUAAUUUAGUGAAAAAUUUACCUCCCGGUGUAGAGCCGAGAAUGGAAAAGCUGAGCUCCACCACGCCGUCAUACGUUAAUCCGAUUUCUUUUCGUACUAAGAGAAGAUACUUUCAGGAACUUUCGUCGUUACGAGAGAAGGUGGACGAGACUGGGUUUUCGUCAGACGAAAAUUAUCCGGAGGGACCUCCCACUCCGUUAUCGAGGAAGCAGAAAAGACACCUGAAUGCCAUUAAAAAUUCCGCCUUAAAUAAUGAACGAGUGGUUAGCACGUUAGCGACGAAACCAAACGUGUUGGAAUUAGAAAGGCUUAUAACACCAAACUGUAAUCCCUUCUUUAUUUCGGAGGAUUCGUAUAGAAACUUAUUGUCAACACAUAAAAGACGACGACUCGAAGACGCUAAUAAUCCCGAGUAUGUUACAAACGGUAUAGGAAUUAUGGAUAUUAUUAACAGAACAGAUUUAACUAGCUUUAGAAGGAUAAAUAACGUCAAUUCAAUAAAACAUCACAUGGAUCACAAACCCAGUCCGCAUAAAAAGAAAAUCAAAAAAGAACCGUUACUUAUGCCGAACUCCCCCGAGAUUAUCAAUAAGUCAAAUCCAUUUUUCGGGCACAGUUCAAAUUCAGAAUUGGACUCGGACUCGGAACCGUUCUACGACAGUGUCAGUUCGUUAGUGACACCUAAUAGUAAAUUAAAACUUAAAAAACCUCUAACUACCAUUAAACCGAUUAAAAAAGAAAUCAAAGUGGAACCCGUAGACACCUACCUAAGUGCGAGUAGUGCGGAAACUAAACCAUUACCUGUGGACGAUAUUUCCCCCAAAUCCCUCAAUUGUGUCAUGCAGUAUGGUAAAGUGACGCCGGCAACGCUCUCAGAUCUCGACGGAAUCGACAUGAUGAACUUGCCCAUCGAUCUGGACGACUCGAAUAUCGAAAUAUUAGAAUUUAACAAUAAGCCCGAGUUGAUGCAAGAUACACACGCAAAUUUCUUAUCGCUUAUUAGGGACAUUAUUUGUUCAACGAACGAGCAUAGGAUGACCAUGAAGGCUUUGGAGGAACGUCUCAGAACGUGGCAGGCGAAUCCCAUAAGUGCACUAAAUGAUUGGUACAACUUCUCGGAUAAUUGGGUUUUAUUACUACCAAAGGCUGUGAAUUUCCUAAGUGGAAAAACAUCUAUUGCACAUUGCCUCGCAAGAAACAUCAAGAAAAUUGAUUUAACCUUUUAAAGGCACUUUGUGGGCGGCAGUCCUAAUUUUUCGGACAGAAACUGGCAGUUUUCUUUAUUGGCGAGGAACUAAGCAUACCUGACUUCGAGCAUGACUCCUUUGUAGAUAAUUUGUUAACAAAAAAGUGUACAAAAGUCUCUCGGAAAUUCUUGACAUAACAAGCUUCCUAGCUCAAA